AUGAGAGUAACCCCUGCAAAAAUCCGAAAAACCAAAGAAGACAAACUUGACCCCAAUAUUACCCAGAGAUUCCGUUGGCCCUUCUACGAAAUCAGAGUUAACCAAAUGUUGCUCGGCUUUUGCAACAACUUCACCUACUGGGUUAUGAUCACAGCUGCCUAUGACCUUCUCACGCCCGAGACACAAGUAAGUAGUAACUCAAAUGUACGUGGAGCGAUCGCAGGACCAAGGACACCCAACGGACCUCCAGCAGACGAGCUUCUUCAACAGGAGUCCUACAGCUAUUCCGGGCGAAGGAGGAGGAGGAGGAGGAGGAGGAGGAGGGAGGAGGAGGAAGAAGAGUCUUGGUUAAAUGUGUCUUCGCCUCUGUCCGCCGUCAACACCUUCAAGUGUCAGAGACAUUCCACGGGGGCCAUUCUCAUCGCCGACACCCUGCCGGCCACAGCCCUCACCCUGGCAGCCCCUGUGGUGCUACUGGUCGCUGUCAACGUGCGAGUGGCACUCAUUUGCAGCCUGUGUGUUGCUUCUUACCUUACGCUAGGCCUGGCACCUCCGAAGUUCGUGUUCCUGGGCGUGGCACUGGCUUCGGCUUCGAGGGGUUUCUCCGAUACGACAUUCCUCGGACACGCUUCUCGGUAUCACGAACACGUCCUCUCUCUCUGGUCUUCGGGCACAGGAAUUGCCACCUUUAUGGGUCCUCUCCUGUACGCGUCCCUCACCACCGCCGGGGUCAAGCCGAAGAACGCCUUGCUCUCGUUUCUGAUGGUGCCCGCGGUGAUCGUUCUCAGUUUCUGUUGCAUUCUGAGUAACCACGAAGACCUCAGCGGGAGAUCGGACGUGGAAAUGGUGCUCGAGGUCGAAACAGAUUUGCCGAAGAAGAAAAGCAUGCAGCUAAAUCCAAGAAAAACUCGAUCUUUUCAUGAGAGGAAGUAG